AUUGUUAAGUCAAUUUUGUUUCUCCCUAAUUCCAUGUUGUACAUCACGUAUCAAUUGUUGAGUGUUUUAAAAUCUAAUUUUUUUUUGUGUGAUGUGCACGUGUAUGUUUAGAGGCCACAAUGACAAUAAGAAUAGUGUACAAACCAUUAUCAUCCACAUCUCCAUCAUCAUCAUCAUCAUCAUCGUUUGGACAGCAAUUUGAUUUGAAUACUAACAAAUUAUUGGAUGAAAAAUCGGAUAAUAAAGAUAAUAAAAAAAUGAAACGAAUAUUAUUCUGGUUAUUUAGUUUGAUUAUUGUGAUUGGUAUUAUUGUUUCGUUUGUUUCAUCAUUAAAAAUUGAUCAUUCUCACCGUAAUGACAUUGUAUCAACAUCGACUAUUCCGACAAAACCACAUGCAGGUGGUAAACAUAAAGUUCCGAUUAAAAUCAAAUUACAUGCUUGGUUUGCAUUAAUAGGUUGGAUCGGUUGUAUUAGUUCAUCAUUUUUAUGUGCCCGAUGUACUGGAGAUCUUUGGCGUGAUAGAAAAUUAUUUGGUGCUGCAUUAUGGUAUCGUUUACAUCAAUGUACAGCAAUUAUUGGUUUCAUUUGUAAUGCUUCAUCGAUCAUUAUUAUUAUAAUACAAGCCGGUAAAUUAAAUACCAAUACACAUGCAUUGAUUGGAUAUGCAGCAACAAUAUUGAUCACCAUACAGGCAGCUACUGGAUUCUUGAAACCAAAUAAUCAAUCGGAUUAUCGGAUUAUUUUUAAUUAUGUUCAUUGGUUUAUUGGUACAAUGGCUCAUACAUUAGCAUUGAUCAAUAUACUAAUGGCGGCUAUUAAGAAAAAUAAACAAUUUUUAUGGAUGUUUGUAGCCUAUUUAUUUAUCUAUUUAGCAUUCACAGAUUUACUACGAAAAUUCGAUCUCAAUCGAUUACGAUCACCAUCGAAAAAAAUACUUUUAAAAACAUGCGGUCAUUAUCUAACAUAUUUUGUAUUAUUCACCAUUUUUGCUUUGACAAUCGGAAUGAUGGUCAAAGUUUAUGAUUAAUGUAAAAAAUAGAUACCAGAUGGUGAUAGUUGAUUUUAAUAUCAAAAACAACAACAAAAAAUUAAAUUCCAAAUCACUGAUGAAACAAAUGUGACC